AUGAAACCAAGGCAUACCUCACCUUCCGAUCCACCGCUGAGCGAAUCUCUUGCCGAUGUUCUUGCCACAAAUGCAUUCGAUCAAUUAUCAAAUGGUGAAGUGGGCUAUUUUGGAUCAAGCACCAAUCACGGCUUCUUCUGGUGUCUAUCUGGCGCCAUUGCCAAUCUUGGCUACAAGGCAUCUCGCGGCCAGGCGCAACGAGCAUCUCCUACAUCUGACAUGAGGGGUAGCCGAAGCAGGGUUUUAAGGAAGUCAUUACCGCAUGCAACUCUUCAUGAAAGCGUUCAGGAGUACCCGUCAAAUGAGGAGCUUGUGGCUCGGUUCUUUGACACCAUCGGCGAUGUUCUCCCCUAUGUCGACGAAGUUAGCAUAAUGGGCAAAUUGCAUGUUUUGAACGAGGACGCAAAUGAAUCAUGCCCGUCCACACAGUCCUGGCAAGCGUUACUAAAUAUCGUCUUGGCCUAUGCGCUCUAUACAAUUGAUGGCCCCUCGCCUGAACCUUUCUACCGGCGCGUUAUCAAUCUUCUUUACGGAAUGGCUAUACAUUUAUCGACCGUCCAAACAUGCAUUAUUGUUGUUGAGUACCUUUGA